AUGGCUGUCCAAGGAAUCGCCCCUGCCAAUGUCAAAUACAAGCGCGUAUGUGGUCCUAAGAGCCGAAAUGGCUGCAUCACAUGGAUCCGACAUUUGAAAUGCGAUGAGGCCAAACCGGUAUGUGAGCGUUGUUCCAACGACAAGCUGAAGUGCGACGGCUACAUGACACCCAAACCUCGCAAGUCCCGAAGAAAGCCGAAGCCAGAAGCUAUGCCAAAAUCUACGAAACCAAGCUUCGAGGUCUUCCCUCUGCGCUCUUGCAUUCACGAUAUGCCCUCGUUGACUAGUCAAGAGCGGUUGUACUUCAAUCACUUUUUCCAAUUCACAUCCACGCAACUAUCACUUUCCGCCGAAUCGAGCAACUUUUGGCUCCAAUACGUUCUUCCCAUGGGCUACCAGUCUGAGUCUAUUCGAUACAGUAUGAUCGCAGUUGGGACCUCGCAUCGACUAUUUAUGGCACAGUCGCUUGGCGAGUCUAAUCUGGACGAAUGGAAGAGCUUGGCGAUUCAACAUUACAACAAGGCUAUUACGUCCAUCAUACUAAACAUAGCAGCAAGUUCAGCACAAGAUUUACAUAUCAUCAUGAUCUGCUGUCUACUCUUUAUCUCUUUCGAAGGCCUCACUGGUCGGUACGAUGAACUCUUGCGUCAUCUAAGCGCUGGGAUAGAGUUAUUCCAUCUGCCUUUACCGUCAUGUACCGUUGAGGACCGUAUUAUAACCGAAAGGCUUGCCGAGAUGUUCUGCAGACUUGGAGUAGAGUCAUCUAACUUCAUGAAGAAUGAUCCCCAUCUUUCGGGAAUGAAAUACUGGUAUCGCAACAACUCGAACCGGGGCCCGCAAUCACCAAUCCCUUUUAAGAAUUUCGAUGAAGCGUCUUUUGCGUUGCGGCAGUUGGAUGUUCUCUAUGAGAUCAAACCAUGGUAUGAUGAGGGCAGCGACGACGAAGACAAAGUGCGCCUCGUAAAAGAGAGAAGCAAAAGCCUCCAAGAUGCUCUUGAUGAAUGGACCAAGCGUUUUGAAACGCUCUACCAGCUUCGGAAGGAGGAGCUACUGACCAAGGAGGAACAGCAGUACCAUAACCUCUGUGUACGUCAGAAAUAUUGGCAGAUGGUGAUAGACGCACACGCAUCGGAAGAAGCAACAGCAGAUCACAUGAUGUUUCAGCCUUUUCUUGCAGCAGCCAGAAAAGCAGCGGCUCCUCUCAUCGCUCUAGCCCGGCCAACAUUUUCACUUGAUGGGGAUUUGAUCACUGGUCUGACUUUUGUUGCAUCGACUACAACAGAUGCAAAAACCAAGGUACAAGCUCUGGAUCUGCUGUGGCAAUUGAAUCGCCGCGAAGGUCUUCUAGACAGUCGCGAAAUUGUUGAGAUGCAUGAGCUCGCUAGGGCCUUCGAAACGUGCACGACCGAGCCCGAUUUUGAUCCAUCUUGGGAACCCACGGCGGCGGCUGGAAUACCCACGAUUAUUGAGAGAUUGAGAAAGAGCCUGGGACAGUUAACCCUAUAG